AUGUUUCCAAGAAGACUGAGCGAGUUUUGGAUCCCACUGAAUUCUAACCUCAAAAAUGUCCUUUUAAAAGUGGAAUAUCAGAAACUGUUUGCACAAAAGUAUAGUUUUUUUCGACGAAAUUUCAAUGAUUUUAAGGACUUUGAACAAUUGAAUAAGAAAUUUCAAGGUAUCAUCAAGAGGAGACAUAUCUUUGGAUUGUUUUUAGCAAAACCCUUCCUUCCUAGAAAACCUAAGGAAAGCGUUUUGAAAGUGUGGGCUUAUCAUUGUGAAUGUGUCGUUGCUCAACGGUUAAGAAGAUGUCAACAAAUGUUUACAUUGUAUUCAAAAUGGUGGGAAGAAAAGGCUCUGAAAGAGUUUAUCAGAAAAAUGAGACAAAACUUAACCAGACGUGGUAAAGAAUUCGCCAUCGCUUCAGCAGCAGUCUACAACUGGGACAAAAACAGGAUAAGCCUUGAAGAUAUUAAAACUUAUGAAAAAGAAUUUGAAUAUAUAGACGUUUUAAAAGAUAAAACUAUUUGUCUCUCUUGCGAUCCAAGUCAAAGAACUAAAACGAAUACAAACAUUUGUAAAUGCGGUACUACUGGGAAACCAACAGAUAAAACUUAUGAAAACUGGAUGCCGUUUAUAGAAAAAACAGAUUUAGUGGUAUGGAGAAGAUUGCAUGCCUCUGGUUCCGGACAAUAUGAAUAUAAAAUGUUCGGAACUUACAAUGAUGUGUCCGCCGAAGAUUUCUUGAACGUCCAAAUUGAUAUUGAUUAUAGGAGAAAAUGGGAUACGACGGCCGUUGUUCUCAAACAAGGCGACACUGAGGAAAAUACAAAUAGUGACAUUAUUUAUUGGGAAAUGUUGUGGCCUAGACUAUUUACAAAUAGAGAUUACGUAUUUUGUCGAAGAUACCUAAUAGACGAAUCUAAAAAGACUCUCUACAUCAUGAGCAAAAGUACAUCGCAUCCGAGUUUCCCAAAAUACUCGGACAAAUUCCGAAUAGAAGACUAUUGGUCAUGUAUGGUCAUCAGACCGUACAAAGAAAUGAACAAACCUGGCUUGGAGUUCGUCUUGACGUAUUACGACAAUCCAGGCAUCAACAUACCGGGCACCGUAACCACCUGGGUCGCUACUCGUGCCAUGCCCGAUUUUUUGGAUAAGUUGAGAGAAGCAACGAGGAAUUACAAGAUUUAUUGUAGAACCGAGGGUAAGAGCAAGGCUUGCCAGAGAACCAAAAAGGUUAAAGACAAGAAAGAUGAAGGAGACACUCUGGACUAUUGCAGCAUCAUCCGCGAAGCGAAGAAGUUGUUGAUCCAACACGCGAAGGGAGAUUUCAAAGAGGACGAGCAAGAACAAGAUCCAGGUAAUAAAGAUAACGAUUUUGAUCAUUCUGGUGAUAUUGGUGCUACACAACAAAAUACUUCCAAACGUACUAGUUUUUUUAAAUAUUUUCAUCCUUUGUAUUAUUUUCAGUAG